UGAUUACAUUUUUUUGUAUGAAUAAAUAAAAUUGUUUUAAGUUUGAGUCAAUGGGAGCACGAUAGAGAGACAAGAAGCAGACGAGAAGUGGCAGAGAGGGUAAUUAAAGUUUGAUGGGGACAACAAAACAUUUACCUCUUGGUUUUAACCAAAUGCAUGUGGUUUUCGGUUUCUACAGACACUGAGGACAAAUUGGGAAUUGGGAUAAUUAAUUUUUACCAUAUAGUUUUGUUUUUUCGUAAACUUUUAAUUAACUAGUUUAUAUAAUUUGAUUAUUUUGAAAUGAGUCAAGUGACGUGAAUAUCUUUUAGAUCCAAUGCAUGUGAAUCAAUUGAGUACAUAUUGAAAUCAUAGAUACGAAAGAAAAAAGAUUAAUCAUAAUAAUUAAACCAUUUAGCCUUUAUUGUAUUUUUAUUUUAUUAUAAAGUAUUUAUACAGUUAUUAAAUAACAACACUCUCCAGUCUCCACUUCUAACACUUCAACCCUUGCCUCCCCCCUCCCACAAUCUCACCUGAAACUCUCUCUCUAGUUCUCUCACUCACUAUCAUGUUCGGAAUCACAGCAAGACUCGAUGACCAAAUCGGCACCACAACCACGCCAACCACCAUAUACGUGGACCCACCUCCACAAGACCAGCCGAGUCACAACUCGGACCACCGUUCAAUAGAAACACUCGUCAUCGUCUUAGCCGUCAUCACCAUAUUAUCAGUCUUAGCCGGCAUCUUCGCUAGACUCUGCGGCGGCCGCCAUUUAUCUGACGGAGGAGACCAUGACAUCGAAGGUUGGGUUGAGAGAAAGUGCCGUAGCUGCAUAGAUGCUGGAGUCCCCACCGCCGCCUCCCCUCCUCCUCCUACACCGCCACCGCCACCUCCAGCGACGGCAGCAACAGUGGAGGAGCCGAGUAAGCCAGCAGCCACCGAAGAACAAAACAAGAAGUGAAGUAGAAAAGGGUAAAACUACAUAAGCUUUCACCAUUGUGUAAUCGCAUUAAUAUGAAGACAUUUUUUUUUUUUAUAUGUACCUUAUUCUAUGAACAUUGAUUUCGCAAUUUCCUCGGAUGUUUUAUGAUAAUUAUUAGAAAAAACAAAAAGCAAAAGUUCUUGUCAACUUUUGCCUUUAAUUCCGUUUGAGAUUUGAGACCAACGGCAUUAACAAAAGAAAAAAAAAAGACAAGAAUGUAUAUAGUUUUACCCUCCUCAUAUUGAAUUAUAUAUGUAGCAACAAAAUCAGAGGAAAA